AUGGCAGACAAACAAAAUGAAGGAACUUCGAGUCAAGCCGUGGAAGACGAUGUGAUUAUGGACAAAGGAGACAAAAAUAGCGAAGUUAGCGACCAUGGAAGCCCAUCGGAGGCAACGAGCACCGUAAGUAAACGGAUUCAGACAUUAAAGAAUAAUAAAAAAGCAGCAAAAUCGAGAUUGACAAGGGCAAAAAAUCAGCUAAACGAAAUUUUUGGAAAUGACAAAAGUGAUUAUCCACUGCCAAGCAAGAAUGCCUUACGACGAAUGUCGACUAAGAUAGACUCUGAAGUGAAGAUAAUUUCCAAGAUUAUAUGUGACCUUAGAGAAAUUUAUGCAACAAGUGGGGAACAUGAGGAUAAUACUGCCGUUAUUGAAUUGUUAGACAACGAAUUAGAAGAAAUUGGUGCCCUGGUUGAUUUUUUAACUGAAAAUGUAUCAAGGAAAGAUAAAGCAUCAUCUAGGGAAUCGACAAAAAAGAAACAAGAUAAUAUUAGUCCAGAGCAGAAGAAAUUGAUGGCAAAAGAAGCUGAAGAGAGACUGCAAAGAAUGGAACAAGAACAAAAAGGAAAAGAAGAUGAACUCAAAAGGUUAGAAGACGGUGAGGAUGAUAAGGACACUAUUGCUAACUUUCUUGAAAAAGAUGAAGUUGAACGUGGACUACCUCGCACAGAGCAUUCUCGUCAUCAAACUCAAGCCCAAAUCAAAUCCAAUGUUCUAGCUCCAAUCAAAUUAAAAGGUGUGGAUCUACCCAACUUUUCUGGUGCUGAUAGGGGAGAUUAUGCGCCAUGGAAAGCAGCGUUUGUCUCUUUGGUUGACUCGCAAAAUAUUCCCGUCUGUGAAAAAAUGCUUAGACUCCAGAGUUCUUUAUCAGGAAAAGCACUUACCGCCAUUAAAGAUUUGGGAUACUCAGAAGCAGCAUAUGAACGUGCCAUGACUAAACUAGAAAAGAAGUAUGGAGGGGAACAACGCCUUCAAAUUAAGCAUUUGACUACAUUACGUAACUGGCCAAAAGUAAGGUCUCGGAACCUGAAAGAGAUGGAGGACUUUCAAGCGUUAUUAGAAAGAGUUAUGGUCACCAUUACUGACAGCGGAGCACUUCAGGAUAAGAGCCUUAAUCUCUUGGCAAAAGAAAAGCUAUGUGAGUAUGACAUUCAAGUUUACAAAUUCUGGUUGAUGGAUCAUUCUCGUGAUGACUGCUUCGAGUCGUUUGUUGAUUGGAUCGAGCUCAAAGUCGAAGUGAUGGAGGAGGCACAAGAGGAGGCUGAUGUAGCGCAGAAAUCAGAGAAAACUGAUCAUCGACAACAAGUGAAGCAACAGAAAGCCAGAGGCUUUAACACUCGAAAUACAUCUAGGGGCUGUGUCGUUAGCAGUUGCAAAGAAGAUCACCCCCCUUGGGUAUGUGGCACAUUUCGGGCACUACCUGUGCCAAAGAGAAAGGAACUUAUUACCAAAGCCGGCCGUUGCUAUUCAUGCUUGGCAACAGGUCAUCUCAGUAAGAAUUGCACAAGACCCCGAAGAUGUGGCGUAGAAGGAUGUUCCAGUGACAGGCACAGUCGAUACCUCCAUGAAAGCACUUCCAUUGAGAAUGAUGAUUCCAAGAAAGAAUUGCGACCAGACCUGCCUGAAUUUGUACCACAACAACAACAAUCUCGGUCGCAAAAAAGAGUACAUCAAACAGACCAAAUGAAUUCUGUAAAUGAACCCAUCAAUGGCCAAGGGAAUCAACAAAGAACACAUAAAACAAGGAAUGCUGACAAUGUUUCCUUAAUGGUUCUUCCUGCAAUAAUUUCAAACAGACAAAGAAAGCUCAAAGUAAAUGUGAUGUUGGAUUCAUGCUCGACCAGUUCGUACAUUACAGAAGCAGCAGCAAGUGAGUUAGAACUGCAUGGACAGCCAAUAAGUUUGACUAUUGUUGGAACAGGGGGUACUGAAGUUCAAAAGCAAUCAAGUUGUGUGAAUCUUACUGUUAGUAAUCUUGAAGGGACUUUUGAGGCAUGUUUUGGACAACAUUGCGAGCGACACUCCUGCCAUCCUGUGGGCGAAGUUGAAGGAGAAAUGGCCACAUUUCAAAGACAUCCCAUUUGGGAAUAUUGCAAGACGUGGGGCAAUUGA